AUGCCCCCCAAACAUAAUACAAAACCCAACAUGCAGGUAUUUACACAUCAUCCCGAUUUCUCAUCAACGAGUGGGGUAUCUCACUCCGUCAAUUUCGUGUACUUCACACUGUCUCUCCAAGCCAUAGUCAGCUCAGUCAUUCAGCCGUUUACCUCUCAGCACAGAACACACGCCACACGUCGUAGCCACGUCGUGCCGCCGAGUCGCCGUUUUCCGACGAUGAUCAUCUCCGUCGUUGCUCCAGGUGUCUUUGGUGAUGGCACCGACAAUGUCGUCGUGGAAGAAGAUCUUCUAACCUUCCUCGUUGUGGUGCUUCCGGUUCUGUGGACGGGGUGUGUGACACCAGGCUUAAUUAGCAACUAUCCGGUCUCUCGAAAAGGGGCUUACUGUGCUUACUCAGCAACUUUGGAGUCAGUAGCCAAUGUCUCAGAUGAUUGGCCACAAGGCAGAGGAAGUGUCGCCAACGGCAUAAAUAUUGUGAUGAUCCGCAAACUCGGGCGUCGAAAUAAUCUUAGAAGUGCUCCAGCUCCUGAUGCUGCCGCUGGCGCCUGUAAGAAAUAUAGUGACCAUCGGGCUCGCCAUUUAUCUGAGACGUUUUGUCUGUCAGAUCUCGCUUUUCAACCAACGGCAUACAACCUUUCAAUUCUCCGCCCUGUUGGUAGUUGGUGA